ACGAGGGGAGGGGGGUAUCCCGGAAGUGCGGCGGCCACAGGGACCUGGAGGGUUAGGAGCUGUUGGAGACGCUUCCCGGUUUGGCUGUCAAGCAGGCGGCGUGGGCAUCCUCAGCAUUCGCUUCCCGGCCCGAACCGGAGCUCACGCCUGGACCGGAAAGCCGCAGUCAUGGAGGCGCCGAUAGAACAGGCGCCGGUGGACCCCAUGCUUGCUGAAAUGGGCGAGAACCUGAACAAGGCCAUACAGAUUCUGGAGGAUGGCCAGAGGGAGGUGGCAGACGACAGAGAGAGGAGAAAGUACAGCCGGAAGGACAUCCCGGGGCCCCUGCAAGGAGGUGGCCAGGACGUGGCAAGCAUCCUGCAGCUGGUCCAGAACCUCAUGCAUGGGGAUGAGGAGGAUGGCAGAUGGGAGCACCGCAGGAUGCAGAAUGUGGGUGAGCAGGGUCACAUGGCCCUGUUGGGCCACAGCCUGGCCGCCUACAUCUCCGUGCUGGACAGGGAGCGGUUGCGCAAGCUGACCACCCGCAUCCUCUCAGACACCACACUCUGGUUAUGCCGGCUCUUCAGAUAUGAGAACGGAUCGGCGUAUUACCAUGAGGAUGACCGUGAGGGUCUCCUCAAGGUCUGCCGGCUCGUCAUCCACUCACGCUAUGACGACUUCGCCACUGAGGGUUUCACCGUGCUGGGCUCCCAACAGCCUGUCGUAUACCAGAGCGCCGCCUGCCGGAUGGGGCUGGGACAGUACCUCUGCAACCAGUUGGGUUUACCCCUCUCCUGCCUGUGCACCGUGCCCUGUAACACCAUGUUUGGAUCUCAGCACCAAAUGGAUGUUGCCUUGCUGGACAGGCUGAUCAAGGAUGACAUGGACUCCGGGAAACUCCCCUUAGUGCUGAUAGCCAACGCUGGAUCACCCGGUGCGGGGCACACAGACAAGCUGAGCCGCCUGAAGGAGCUGUGCAUUCAGUACGACAUCUGGCUUCACGUGGAGGGAGUCAACCUGGCGACCCUCACACUCGGCUGCGUCACAUCUUCAGUGAUGGCAGCCACUAAAGCUGACAGCAUGACCCUAACCCUGGGGCCAUGGCUGGGCCUCCCCGCGGUUCCGGCCGUCACACUCUACAGGCACGAGGAUCCUGCCCUGUCUCUAGCAGCGGGCCUGACCUCCAGCCAGCCGGUGGAAAAGCUCCGAGCCCUCCCCCUCUGGCUGUCCCUGCAGUACCUGGGGCAUGAUGGGAUAGUGGAGCGGAUCAGACAUGCCUCACAGCUGAGCCAGCAGCUCCUGGACCAUUUGAAGAAGCAGGCUUCCAUCAAGACAACGGUGGAGGAUGAGCUGAAUUCGCCGGUGGUGGUGUUCAGGUUCUCCCAGGACAGCAGCACAGCAUCCAGUGUGGGUUCUGCGGAGGGCUGUCUCGGCUGGGAGAGGGAGGUGCAGGACUCCCUCAACAGAUGGCUGGGUGAGCGGUUGGUGCAGCUGGUGCCUGCCAGCGGUGUGGACGUCGUGGACCUGGAGGACGAGGGCACCUGUGUGAGAUUUAACCCACUGAUGACUGCCGCAGUGCUGGGCACGCAGGAGGCCGACGUGGAGGCCCUGGUGGCCAGGUUGACAGAGAUAGUGCCCCUGCUGAGCGCAACGCUGCGCCUCCGGCAGGAGUUCAGGGAGGAGGUGUACCGGCACGCCACCCUUGCCUACGUGGAAGACCUGGGCUGGCCGGGCCUGGGGGCCAUCAGAUACCUGCCCAGGAGCGAGGAGCCAGACGCGGGCAGGAGGCAGCAGGAGGUGGAGAAGGUCAACAGUGACCUGCUGAGGAAACUCAAGGAGCUGGAUGCGGACCUCAGUUUCUCCACAGGCCCGGAGUUCGGCCCGGAGAAGAACUGCGUGUUUGUCGGCAUGGCAACAGAAGACCUGGACGUGGCGGAACUGGUGAAGACGAUCGCAUCACUGGGGAAGGACAUCGAGGAGAGCGGCAAGUUACUGGAGAACAUGACGGAAGUGGUGCGCUGGGGCAUUCAGGAGGCGGAGAUGCAGCUGCAGAAGGCGAGUGACCAGAAGCUGAUGGAGGAGGGGGUGCUGCGGCAGAUCCCGCUGGUGGGCUCCAUGCUCAACUGGUUGUCCCCGUCCCAGAGUUCUGUACAAGGCAGGACGUUCAACCUGGCUUUAGGUUCCUUGGACACCACAGAACCCACGUACUCCAGCAGGACCCAGACGGGAGGAGAAACGCCCCCCACCACCCCCACAUCCAGUGUCUCCAAGCAGUUGCCAGGGCAUAAGCUGUUUCGCCGGGGACACGGCAGCUUUGACGCCCCCGACAGCACCAGCUUCCUGACUCCCAAUGAGACGUCCCAGAGCUGGGGGCCCCAGGACGGCUCUACAGGGCUCCCCCUGCAGGCGGAACCUGUCCUCACAGAGGCCGACACCCAGGGUGCAGAGGCAGGAUUCCAUGUCAGAUAGGAUGACCGACUGUGAAGCAUGGUGUAGGACUGUCACCCAGGAAGCUGCUGAGAGACCCUGGGGGGGUGGGGGGGUGCCCUCUGGAGCUCAAGCAGCUGGUUAACAAGUUUGGGGAAAGUGAGACACCUAACAUGCGGGCGCAUAGCGACAAGGAUGGAAUUAAUGUCUGUUUGUUUUCUUUUAUCCCUCCUAACCUUGACUUAAUCACUUUGUAAUCGAGAAUGUACACAGAAGUAAAAUGUGAUUGAAUGAGUAGUGGAAAAGCAGAUUAUUUUGUGACAGGUGCUGGAGAGGGGUAUACUGGAGAGGGGUAUACUGGAGAGGGGUAUACUGGAGAGGAGUAUAGUUUUUAUGUCAUUUCCCAGCUGUCAUCAACACUGUUUCACCUGUCCAGUUACACCUGCUUCAGCCCUUUUAACAUGUGCACUCCCUGAGUUCAGUUGAAGGAAUCAUUGGCUCCUAGAUAUUUAUCUCUGAAGAAGUAAUCUCGUCUAUUAGACCAGUGUUUCCCAACCCAGUCCUUGGUGUUCCUGAUUGGCUGGGAGCUGGGAAGGAGCAAAAAUGUGGACUGUCCAGGGUUCCUCGAGGACUGGGUUGGGAAAGACUGUCUUAGACAACACUGAAGACACUGGCUGUGUAGUUGUCUUAGACCAAUUUCAGUUUUUAUAAUUUAUCUAGGUAAAGAGACUGACUGGGGAAUGAAGUUUAUUUUAUCUGGGAACAUUGAAUUUGCUGCACUUUUUCAACUGCUUUUUAUUUAACUGGGUAUUGAUUUAAUAAUGUUUUAGAUUAAUUGUUCUUUCUGAUUUUUAUUUAAUAUGAUCUGGAGCUGAUCGUUUUUUCUUCUAAUCAAAAUAAAUAGUUUGUUUACACUUUCUGCUUAUUUAAAAUAAUCUGGAGCCAUUUUUUCAGUUUUUAAAAAGUUGCUUUUCUUGUUGGCCCUAUAGUCAAAUGUCUCAUCAAUUGGCUGUCUUGUGUGAAGCUUCAUCGGGAUUGGUUUGGCAGUGGGGCCAUUGCCCCUCCUACUCUGUGUCCCCUGGCCAGUCGUGUUUCAGAUGCUUGAAGUGGGCAGUAUAGUAACAGGAUUUUUCUAAUUUUGCUUUUGAUUGAUUAAAUUUCUUUCUGUUUGUGCCAAAACUGUAAAAACGGACCAUACUGCACUUUGUGUGGGCCUACUGUAGUACCUAUUAGGAUUAUAAAUGUUCCUUUUCUUGGUAAUAUCACUGUCAGAGAUAUCCCCCCCCCCCCCCAGCCAGGAUUUAGUUCAUCUGCCCAACAUAAAGAGAUGCAGUCUUGUCUUUCUGUGUUAACCUGAGAUGCGAAUGUUCUGAUACAGCCUCCUUCAUCCUUUCUGUUCACCACAGAGUUAUGUUUCUCCUGCUCUAAUGUAAAGUGUCAUGUAGCCCAGAUUCGGUUCUCCGCGACGGACUGACACACAAAAGCUGAGGUGGUUUGAAUCCCUUGGGUCUCUCCAGUUUCUUCCUCCUGUCUGUGUCUCUCGCGGCAAAGUCUCACGCUCGCCUCGUAGCCUUGACACCUGUUUCUCUUACUGUCGAUUCACUGUCCCUCACUUCGGUAUCAUGGCUCAAAGAAAUGUCGGCUUGCGACAACACAGCAGCUGCUGAUGACAUGCUUCAAGUCCAGACGUUACAUAACUAAUGUAUUUAAGUGCAAUUUUAAAAGAAAACCUUCUCAGUGCCCACAGAUCUUUGUCUUCCUUUUCACAAGUCCUGUUAGUUUUUGGUGCAAUAAUUCAUUUUAAUCAGUAGUUGGGAGUGAAAUGUCUAAUAUAUUAUGAAACUGCUAAAGAUUUAAGAUGAUUAUUUUCCCAUUUAUUUUACAGUUUGAAUAUAGUUCGGUGUUACAUCCUUAGGCUGAAAUGGGAUAGGCUGUUUUUUAUGUCUUCACUAAGAUGUAAGACUCCAUGCCCUUUCCCCAGUGUUCUUGGGAAAAGAGUGGAAUCGGUCACUCUUGUUGCCUUUAUUAAACCACAUUUUGAUGUAUUCACUCUG